AUGCAGAACACCGAGUUCACCUGCGGAGGCGGAGUUCGGACUCCCGGUGGCCCAAAAGUCCGAAUUACAAAGCGCAGAAUUGGCCAGUUACGUCUGCUCAGCAUCAUCAAGUCCAGUCCUGGCACCGCCAAAGCACGGCUAAACGGACGCGGUCGCAAAGUCUGCCACUUCAUCGACAAGCGUAUCGCUGGCCCCCGCCGUUUUCGCGGGAUGCGGUACCCGGAUAGGCUGGAUAGGCUGAGAGAACUGGAGGCCGGGCACCAUCUUGUGCGCUUCGGAGCGUUGGUGUGGCUGGCUCGUUAUCGAAAAGAGCCCCGUCAGGCACGGCAUUCGCAGCAGCCAGGCGUCAUAGAUUGGUUGGCCGACGCCUGCAUGCGUGCAUUUGCUGGCUGCGCUGGGCAACUAGCAGCAGCAAUAGCCCCGUCAACGACGCCGUGGCCUGCGGGCAUCUGGAGAGGCAAUCGCGGAGUUGCAGCAAUCAGGGCCGGUCGCGCUGACAUGCUUUGCAGCUCGCAUGGCGUCGCAGAAACACAAGGCAGAGGUGCUGCAGAUACCGACUGGAAUAUGGAGGCGUCAUCUAUACCAGCCUAA